AUGCCCUUCCACCCAAGCCUCGCCGCCCAGCUCCGCGUGCGCUUUCCCUCCCUGUUCCCUCCCGGCGCAACCUUCUACGGCUUCGAGCUCAACAACAACGGCUGGUCGCCACUCCUAUCCCGACUCUGCGCGCGUCUUGCGCGGAUGCCCUCACCGAAACCGUUCAUGGUCAUCCAGGAGAAGCACGGCUUCCUCCAGGUCGCGUUUGACGAGGGCGAUGAUGAAGACGACUACGCGGAGUAUGUGCAGUCUGACGCGGGGAGCUACCGCAGCGACGACGACCGCCUGGAAGAUGUUCGCGAUGAUGUGUUGACAACGUUGUCCAACACUCUCAGCGAACACCUACCGGGUCAUACUCUAUACGCUGGCAACGCAGAAGAAAGCGGGAACACUCUCGUCGAGGUCGACGACGACAGCACUGAAGCGUUCCAUGUGGUGGAGAUGGCUGAGCAGGAAUCGCUGCUGCUUUGUGCUCGAUGCGGGGAAGACGGACGGAUGGCGAUUGCGGACGCGACGCAGUGGAUGCAGGUCAUGUGCCCCGAGUGCUUGGACAUGAAGAACGCGGAUGGCGAGCGGCACUCUUGGGACGCCCCUGAUUGGGAUGAUAGUGAUCCGGAAUCGGUGUAA